GGCGGCGAUCUCCGCCUCCAUGAUGACGUCUUUAAUCGAUCGAUGCUGACCCUGCACACGCUAUCGUGUUCACUCUUGACCCAAACCCAACAUGGCCAACCCAAGAAACAUCGGAGCCGUCCUGGCAGCUGCCACCGGUCUUGGAAUCGGCUACUACAUGAUCAUACCCGGUAUCAAAGAAUCGUCUCAGCAAAUCUCUGGACAUGGACCUGCUCCUGGUCCUAUCGAAGACGGCCGAAGUCAAGCCAUGAAGGAUGGGCAGAUUGGCUCUGGCUCUGCAAUGCCGCGAGGACCUCAAAGGGAAGGAGGUGCCAACUUUAACAACCCGCUGCACCCGACCGUGGCGGGAACCACGCCAGAGAGCAGACGUACAGGAUCAGCCGACCACAACCCAACGUUCAGGGAUGAUCCCAAUGUUCACGAUGGCACAUCUGGAGGUGGUGUAGGUCUCGCAGAGAUGAGAGAGAGAAAGAUGAAAGGGCAGGGUCUGCCUAGCCCUCAGGGGGGUGAUACCAAGCCACAAGCUGUGAACGCUGUGGCGAAUGAAGGUGAAGGGGGAGGAGUACCAAAGGGCAAGAAGUGGCUAGGAGGGUGGUAGGAAGCGGGAUGAAAUUGUAGCUAUGCAAUGAAUUACAACCUGUUUGGAUCUCCCUUAUACCCCAGGCAGACAAAAUACGCCUCACUGGAUUC